AUAUGAGCCUCUGUUUCAGAGCCAACCACAAAGAAAGGAACAACAGCAGGUCCCUCAUCAUCCACUGUUACUGAGGACAAGACACAAGUUUCUUCCAUGGCAGAUAAAAUGAUCCUGAUCAAGGAGAACAUGACCUGGGACGAUGCCUUGAAGUACUGCAGAAUGAACCACUGUGACCUGGUCUCCAUCACCAACCCUGACGAGCAGCGAUGGGUCCAAGAGAAAGCCAAGAAGGCCAACAGUCCCUACGUCUGGCUGGGACUGCGCUACACCUGCACUCUGGGUUUCUGGUUCUGGGUCAAUGAAGAGAUGGUCACCUAUAAGAACUGGGUCACAGGUGUACCAGCGGAUGACUGUGACAUGUCUGGAGCCAUGGACAGAGGAGGAGAACAUAAGUGGUUCAAAAAGAAUGACAAUGAGAAGUUUAAUUUCAUCUGUUCUACGUGCCAAACCCUCUAUACUCACUGUUAGCAGGCCUUUGAUUCAUUUACUCACUUUGU